AAGGCGCGUUGUGCCUCAAAUUAAGCGUUUAUUGUGUUUGUGUUAUGUGUAACGAUAUAUUUAUUUCUGCCUCGGAGUAUGCCACGAUUGAACGAUUGUUCGAGUAAUUCACGUACUAUUCGAGCUGGUGCUCAUUAAGAUUCGAAGAGACGACAAAGGGAUUUAACAGUCCUGUUAAGCCUCACCGGUCUGCCGUACAGGUUAGGAUUUACCUAACUAAUACAUUGGAAUUACUACCUAACUAGUACAUUGGAAGCUCUAUUACCAAAUAGAACAGAGAAUUUAAAAAACGAGCGAGUCGAAAGGAUUGAUAAUGAGAUGUGCAGAAUUACAAAUUGGCAAAAGACCGCACUUGACCGUGAGGAAAGGUGUGGAAAAUGUGGCAGCGAAUGACAAGGUGAACAAGAAUGACAGCUCUGCCCGAGAUCAAGGUCAGGUGAUCGCUGGCCACAGCACACCAGUCAUGAGAAAGCCAAGGGCAAACGCAGACGACUCUCCGGAUUUCGAUUACUCUCCGAGUCCAAUCCUACCACCGUGCACACAAGAGGGUGGUAACGAGGUUGCGUGGGAUUGGCAAGGUUCUUUGGGCAGGUCUCCCGAGAGUAGGAGUAGGAAACAGAGAGUCGAGUGUGAAACACCCAAACGGACCAAGCUGUUGCAAAGGAAAAGAAAUUCAAACUCUCCUUUGUUGUACAAAUCACGUAAGAGGAAGACCAUCAAGAUGGAAAACAUACAGAACAUCGGACAGUUCUCAGCUGAGCUGCAAGCGUUAAUAGAACAAAUGAGAGUUAUAAAGGAAAAUGACAAGGAUCACUCGAGCGAUUGUGUAGUAAAAAAAGAAGAGACGACGUCAACGUCAUUAAAGACGGACACCAGUGGUGGGGAAAAAACGUCGGAACUCGAAGACGAUAAGUGGAAUAGAAGCGUCGAAAAAGGCGGCAACAAAUGUGAUGGCAGCGUUGAGGAAACAAAUGAUAAUGUUGGCAAGAAAGAAGCGAGUGGAAAUUAUGACGAUUUGUUUGACGAUUCUGUGGACGAGGAUAUGAUUAGGUGUACUCAGGAGAUAGAGGAGAAGUUCAGUUUGAUGGACAAAGGAAAUUCCGCGCACUCGCAGGUCAACAGGGAGGGACCGGAGGUUGUGGCAACCGUCAAGACGCCUGUACAAUCCAAUUCCAGUGAGGAUUUUAAAAACUCGUUAAUUAGAAAUGUUUUAGGCACAGGUGACGACGGCAACAACACGUUGAAGACAUACUCAAGAUUAUCGUUGAAACGCGACAUGAACUCUAGUGUAAAUUUUGCAAUCCCGAGAAGUAAGGAUUCACAUAAACCGUGUCCAAAUAACAAUAACAUGAUACACUCACCCAAUAUCCAAGUCAAGAAACCGUGUGAAAACAAGAAACUGCCGAAAAGUAAUACCGUGGAGUUAUUUGAUUUUUUAGACGAUUCCUUUGACGACUGGUUCGCUGCCUGUGACGAGAAAUUGUUCCCGGAAUUCAACGAAUCCUCGGUACGAGAGGAUGACGGUACCGCGAAACUCCAAACCAGUUACAAGUCUUUGACUAACGCGCCGUUAAAGUCUAUGGAGGCAAGCAAAUCUAUCGAGCCUGCGGCGGCAAAGCCAGAAACGUCCAACGUUUUUGCUAAUAGAAAGUUCUUUAAAACAAAGAGUUUGUCAGAGCAAUCCAUGAAUCGGGGCGCGAGUACGAUUGCUAAAGGUAGGAUAAAUUCUUCGUAUUACGUGGCGAAACCUAUACACCCGAACUCGUCCAAAGGCACGCACACGAGUGUCGCGCGUACCCCCGUAAGUACAAAACCGAUUGUUACCAAUGAACGUAAGAUCGAGAAUAAUAUAAUCUCGUUAAUACACGAUGUGGAUCGAACGCAUGGGUUCGGUGUUAACAGGUGCGCGGUAAAAAGCGACGCUAACCGUUUCGUGAAGCAUCAUUCGACCGAUAGUAUGAUAAACGACAGGAAAGGGCAGGAAAUGACGAAAACUGUUUCGCAGCCAACACGGUGCACUGCGGAGGAGAUCGAGAGAAAGAGAUUGCAGGCUCUGGCGAGGCUCGAGGCGAAAAGGAAACUAUUCUCCAAUAAUGUCAUAAAUAACAUAAAUAGGUAAAGCCGCAGGACGUGCCUUAUGUAUUGCUGUACUUAUUAAAGUGAGAAAGCGAUGACUUAUAAUGUUGUCAUGUAAUAAUGUUAUAUAUCGACAAACCGUCUCGCUCUGUGAUUAUUAUUAUUGUAAUCAUUGUUAUACUGUAGAGUUUUAAAAAAGUUACGCAAAUAUAUUUAUAAUUAUACGUACGAGUAAUCUGUAUAAUCUGACUUUAUAUGUGAAUCACGUGUGCUCAUGUACAUACAGUUUUGAAGAUGUACGGUACAUGUUCCUGAAGUCUUUUUUUGUGACGUGCAGUAGCCAUACUUCGAUUUAAUAUUGUUAAAUUGCAGCAGAGAAUCUGUAAUUAACAGCUAAGAUUUUUAAAAAUCAUGAUUUGAAUAAAUCUAGAGAAGAACGAAUUAUUCUCUAGAAAUGAAAAUAAAAAUAGAAUUGAUUAGCUCUAGAUUUUUCUUAUUUUCUUUAAUUUUUUUAGAAAUUAAAUAAAAUUUAGAUUUUACUUACGUUUUAUUUUUUAAGAACAAAAUUUCAAAUAAAAUUAAGUUUUUACUUAUUUUCUGUUAUCUUUUAAUAUAAAACAAAAUAUAAAAUUUGUUUAUGUAUGUCUUCUGGUUUUAUUUUUGGCUUGCAUAUUACUAAUUAUUAUAUGUGACAACGGUUCAUUUUUCUGUAUUUAUAAUUCGAUAUAUUGGACUGCGAUAUAUCGAAUUCUAUUUUAGAAUUUUACGAAAUUGAUUAUAAUCUAUUUACGACGUCGUAUGUAUUAUAGAUAUAAGAUCGAACGGGAAUUACGGUCAUGUGUAAUAAAAGUAAGUAUAUAAUCGAUCAUACACAAGUAUAUACACAAAAACUAUUAUCGGAUACACGUGUCAUCUUGUCGGUAACAGCGGUUCAGCUUAAACGUUUUAUUGUGAGACUUGCGCAAAUAUACUGGAUUCAAUUUAUGAGGAUUCUUGUAAGGAAGUUCUGUUGCAUAUGAAAUUUCUCUCGAUUCUGAUCUUUCCCCUCUUUGCGUUGUUUGCACGAGAGAUACGUUUCUCAUUAUCGUUUAUCUUGUUAUACCUUUGUCCUUUUAUCCCAUAUCUUUGUCCCUUUACAUAUUGCAACGUUAUGGUCUCCUGUUAAGCUAGCUUACCGCUUUUAUUAAAAUUUAAAGCGUAUAUAUUUGAGAUCUUAAGAUGUAAUGUGUGCAACAUAUUUUACAUACAAAAGAAAAAGUGUAAAUUUUUUUUUUUUUUUUUUUUUUUUAAAUAAAAAUUAGAGGGUUUCCUUGUGAUAUAAUUUCGAUCUCUACAUUUUCACUAUAUCUGGGAUGUAAUAUAAAUAUUUUAAUACAAAUUAUAUUUUUUAAACACAA